UACUGAUAGGGUUGGCAACCAGUCUUCUCUCUCUAGUACCGGAGGGAUGGUGAUGAGAUCGGGGUGUAAUCAUUAGUCCAAACAGUUGCAACUGAAACGACAGGUUCUAUUGGACAAAUUCAGGCCGGUCCCUCCCCCAUUUCGUUUGCUUCUCUUUAGAAACGUUUGCAACAGAAUACAUCUGUACAACAAAAACGUCACAGUGGACAAGACUGAACAGCUCGAGUUUUAGAACAAUGAACCAUUUGUUUGGAUGGAGAAGGCUUGCCAGCCUGAUGUUAAUGCUGCUAUAUUUCAUCAUUGAUGUACUCUGUGCUUCCCAAUCAACAGUCCAGUCUGAGACUCAGCGGGUGAAAGGCAUCGUGGGACAGUCUUUCUCUUUUCCAGAGAGGGUGAUCAAGUCUGGCAAUUUACUUUACGGAGACCUUGGCAGUAUUGCAAAUGUGUACCCUGGUAAAGAAGGCAAAAUCACCCUUGAGAAGAGAUUUGAAAAUCGUAUCCACUUGAACAGUGUUACAAGAUACUUCACUCUGUCAGACCUUAAGGUAGACGAUGCUGGGGUUUAUACUGUGGAGAAUACAGAUGGAGGGGAAAAAAACAAAUUUGAGCUCACUGUAUACAAUGUUGUUUCCAAACCUCAGGUGACAGAAUGUGACAGCAGCUCCUGUCGUGUGGUGUGUUCUGUGGACAACGAAAAAGAGGUGACCUUGACCUUGUACAGGGGAGAGGACAUACUAAACCAGACCAGCAGUCCUGAUCUCACCACCGAUCUAUCUCUCCGUUUGGAGGUAGAGGGAAAGAACUACAACUCCACCUACAGCUGUGUGGCUGCUAACCCUAUCAGUAAUGAGACAGUUCCUGUCCCAAAAUGUUGCAGCAAAGAUGAUCAUCCCAAGGAGACAGACCGUGAUGAGAGGGGUCGGGGUAUUCUUAUUAUUGCUGUAUUCUGCGUUUUGGUUGCCUUGGGGCUGGUUGGACUUGCAAUCUAUCUAAGGAAGAGAAGAAAUGGACAACCAAAAGGCAGGUAUUUAUCUUUUACAGAUUCAUCUCAAAAAGUGCAAGUGGACAUAGUGUAUGCAGCGAUAACACCUAAAAAACAAGCAGAUAAUCAGGAGGAGCGAACAGGUGUACCAGAACUGGAUUUACUUAGAGACAAACCAAAACUGACAUCAGUUUAUGAUACACUACAAUCACAUCGCAUGGCUGCCAGCGGGGAUGUUGACACAGCAUGAAGGAGGGAAACGGGAAGUCACUGAGAAACCGACAUGAUAAUUCACAUCCUGGAGAGGACGGCAUAUCAUGAAGAGGAUGAUGAAACAAACUGAAAGUAUAAAACUAUUCGCCCAGAAAACCUUUUAGAGGCACAGUUGUUAUGGAAGAAAAUUCCCCUGAAACUUUUGCGCUGAUGUUAUAUUUUCAGGCUUUCUUUGUAGGUCAUUCUCACAGACCUUCUGCCAAACAGGGGUCUUGAUGACAUCCACUGGUAUGGACCAAUUCAAUAACUACGCAUUGAGUUAGUAGAAGGAUCUGUAUAUUCCUUCUUUUCAAGUGCCUUUUGUCCCAAAUCCCAAUUUAUAGGUUAAAACAAAUGGAACCUGUCUUUUAAUCCAAUUCCCUAGUGUGUUUGCUAUGCUACUGCUGGGCCAAAGCUUCUUUUCAGUACUGACUGUUCUGUUGUUUAAAUGUAGGUCCCUCCCCUGUAUCUUUUUACAGCUGGUAAUUGUUUCGCUUGCCAGAGGAUAGCAACUGUGUACAUAUUAUAAAAAGAGCAGGCGUUUGAGAUAAAGACACCACAUGACAACAACAUGGUAGCAACACGACGUGGCAGCAGCACAACAUGGUAGCAGCACAAAACAUGGUACCAAUGUUAUUGGGCACAGACAGCAGCACAUAAGCAAGAAGGUAGAGACAACAAUACAUCACACGAAGCAGCCACAACUGUCAGUAAGAGUGUCCAUGACUGAGUCUUUGAAUGAAGAGAUAAAACUGCCCAGUUUGAGUGUAUUUGCAGCUCGCUUCAGUCACUAGCUGCAGCGAACUGAAAAGUGAUGGGGACGUGUGUGCUUUGGGGACCUUUAACAGAAUGUGACUGGCAGAAUGGGUGGUAUGUGGAGGAUGAGGGCUGCAGUAGGUAUCUCAGAUAGGGGGAAGUGAGGCCUAAGAGGGUUUUAUAAAUAAGCAUCAACCAGUGGGUCUUGUGACAGGUAUACAGAGAUGACCAGUUUACAGAGGAGUAUAGAGUACAGCGAUGUGUCCUAUAAGGAGCGUUGGUGGCAAAUCUGAUGGCCGGUGGUAAAGAACAUCUAGCCGCUCGAGAGCACCCUUACCUGCCGAUCUAUAAAUUAUGUCUCCGUAAUCUAGCAUGGGUAGGAUGGUCAUCUUAAUCAGGGUUAGUUUGGCAGCUGGGGUGAAAGAGGAGUGAUUUCGAUAGAGGAAACCAAGUCUAAAUUUAACCUUAGCCUGCAGCUUUGAUAUCUGCUGAGAGAAGGACAGUGUACCGUCUAGCCAUACUCCCAAGUACUUGUAUGAGUUGACUACCUCAAGCUCUAAACCCUCAGAGGGAGUAAUCACACCUGUGGGGAGAAGGGCAUUCUUCUUACCAAACCACAUGACCUUUGUUUUGGAGGUGUUCAGAACAAGGUUAAGUGCAGAGAAAUAUGGAACGCUGUUUGGUUCUUUACAUGUCAAAAAGAUACAUGUAAAAUAACACAAUUCUAUUAUAGAAUGUUGUGUGUGAUGAAUUUGAACGUGCAAGCUAAGCGCCACCACCACUAUCAGUGGCACCGUCAAAGCUGUACAAAAAGUCUGCAAACAAGCACACACUGGCCACGAACAAUGUGUUUACAAUACUUCGUUGGUAAUAAGGCGUUAUUUGUUCGACCUCAACUUCUUUGGUAUCUAACCCUAACCCUAACCCAAUACAACUUGUCGUUUUGCUGUGUUUUUGGGGAAGGACAUUGUUUGCAUCAAAUCCAUCAGCUAGCUAACCUUUUUACGACCAGCACUGUCCAGAGCUUGGGGAAGGGCAGGUGGGCGAGACAAGUUUGCCGGCAUCAUAGCGAUAUGUAUCGAUUAAUCGUUGUGACAUAUUAAAUACGAGUGAUAGUGUAGUCAAUGUGUAAUAACUACGUAAAAAAUGUAUGAAUGCUCUCAAUUAUUAUGUGACGUGCAGUCAUAUUCAGGUCCCGAUUGGUCAACAAGCUUAUUUGACGUGUAUCAAAUAACACUAUUUGACGUGUAUCUUUUUUGACACGUAAAGACCCAAACGGCGUUCCAUAGAGAAAGCUUGUUGGACACUAAGAAAACUUUGGUGUAGAGCGUUUAACACAAAAUCCGGGGAGGGGCCAGCUGAGUAAAAGACUGUAUCAUCUGCAUAUACAUGGAUGAGAGGGCUUCCUCCUGCCUGAGCUAUGUUGUUGAUGUAAAUUGAGAAGAGCGUGGGGCCUAGGAUCGAGCCUUGGGGUACUCCUUUGGUGACAGGCAGUGGCUGAGACAGCAGAUGUUGUGACUUUAUACACUGCAUUCUUUGAGAGAGGUAGUUAGUAAACCAGGCCAAAGACCCCCUCAGAGACACGAAUACUCCUUAACCGGCCCACAAGAAUGGAAUGUUCUACAGUACCAAAAGCUUUGGCCUAGUCAAUAAAAAUAGCAGCACAACAUAUGUAGCACAUCAUCCCUUCAAAAUACAAUCACUCCCUCCUGCAGACUCCUGCUGUAACUCCUGCAGACACCAUACACUAUCCUUCUAUCAGAGCAUUUUGUGGUCCAUCUACAUUAGUGCAACCUUUGUAUGGAUCUGUGCCUGCAAAGAUCACUGUCACCCAAAAAUAUAAAAUCUGUCGAUACCAUAGUGAGUUGUUGCACUGUAGGCCAUUUCAAUUUUAUGCCAGUAGUUACUGAGACUGAAUAUGAAGAUAUAAUUCACUUUUCACUAUUUUAAAAUAACCUUGUGACUUAUUCAAUAUAUUAAGUCAUACAUUGUGUACAUUGUGUAUAUUUCCAGAUGUUUAACAGUCAUCAAUACAUCUAUAACCAUGCUUGCAAUAUGUUCAUGUUUUACAUACCCUAUCACAACCCAAAAUAUGAUUACUCUAUUCUCCAUUUAUGUUUUUGUUGUCAUUUAGAUCUUUGUAAACAAAGUAUGUACUGCUUCAGAAUACCUGUGUAGACUGUCAUUCCUUGAAGCCAAAGCUGUCUAUGAGUUUGAGAGGGGAAACAUUUCUCCAGAGACAUUUCUCCAGAAACACAACUUCAGAUUGUGGUUUUAAUGUAGCCUACUUCUAGGGUCAAAUAGGAGGGAUCACUGUAGUUGUUUGGUGGAUUCUCUAUUUUAGAGACUUUAAGUGUGUGUGACCUUUUGUCAUGUCACUUUGCAUGCCAGGCAGCUGUACAUUUGUAAACGAGAAUGACUGGUAACAGUGAUUUACUCAUUUGUAUUUUAAAAAUCCUAUACAAUUUCAAGCAUUGUUUAGAGAAAACGUUGGCCUUUUCCUCCAAUCCUUUCCCCCCAUCUAGUGGUUGAACGUUUUUAUAUUUCAGUAUACUGUACAUAUUGCACAAAGUUUUGUUCUGAGACAGCGUACUGUAAAUUUUGUAAGUGUAGCUUAAAUCAUGUGCAACCAAAAUGUAAUCUAACCUUUCUAUGCUUUGGACUGUGAUCCCGUAUGUUUGUGCCAUUUGUGCCAUUUAUUGUAACGUUAUUGUGAGUAACAAUUAAAACAGUUGUGUCAUGA